GGUCUCGUCGUCGGAAGUCUCUUCCUCUCUUCUUACCCCUCUCCUUUCCCUCCUUCGCUCCUGCUCCUCCUCAAUUCCCUCCUCCGCCGUUGAUCCUCCGUCCUGGGCCGGAUCUUCCCUGCCACAGCAGCGACCGGUCACUCAUGACUAUGAUGACGCCGCCCCCUCUCGACCAGCAAGAGGACGAGGAGAUAGUGGUUCCACAUCAGGAGUUCACGGCGGGACCCCAGCCGAUGGAAGUUAUAUCAUCCGAGCCAGCACCUGAGAAUCAUCAGUUGGAGGAUCCUCCUACGUUCAAAUAUAGGUGGUCAAUUGAGAACUUCUCUAGGUCGAACACCAAGAAGCUCUACUCUGACAUUUUUUUUGUCGGGGGAUACAAGUGGCGAGUGUUGAUUUUUCCCAAGGGAAAUAAUGUUGACCACCUGUCUAUAUAUCUUGAUGUUGCUGAUUCAGCUACCUUACCAUAUGGCUGGAAUAGAUAUGCACAGUUCGCGCUUGCAGUUGUCAAUCAAAUUCAUGGGAAGUACACAAUAAGAAAAGAUACGCAACAUCAAUUUAAUGGACGAGAAAGUGACUGGGGUUUUACUUCAUUUAUGUCCCUAAGUGAACUCUAUGAUCCAAGUAGAGGAUAUCUUGUUAACGAUUCAUGUGUAAUCGAAGCUGAAGUUACUGUCCGUAAGGUUGUAGAUUACUGGAGUUAUGACUCGAAAAAGGAAACAGGUUAUGUUGGCCUUAAGAACCAAGGAGCUACUUGUUACAUGAACUCUCUUUUACAGACUCUGUAUCACAUUCCAUACUUCAGAAAGGCUGUUUAUCAUAUGCCAACUACAGAGAAUGAUAUGCCCUCUGGGAGCAUUCCCCUGGCUCUGCAGAGUCUUUUUUAUAAACUUCAAUAUAGUGACAACAGUGUUGCUACAAAGGAAUUGACGAAAUCUUUUGGUUGGGACACAUAUGAUUCUUUUAUGCAACAUGAUGUCCAAGAACUCAACAGAGUUCUAUGUGAAAAACUGGAAGAUAAGAUGAAGGGUACUGUGGUUGAGGGCACAAUUCAGCAUUUGUUUGAAGGACAUCACAUGAACUAUAUUGAAUGCAUUAAUGUGGACUACAAAUCCACUAGAAAAGAGUCCUUCUAUGAUCUGCAGCUAGAUGUAAAGGGUUGCCGUGAUGUUUAUGCUUCAUUUGAUAAGUAUGUUGAGGUAGAGCGGCUUGAUGGGGAUAAUAAAUAUCAAGCAGAAAACCAUGGGUUACAGGAUGCUAAGAAAGGUGUUCUGUUCAUUGAUUUCCCACCAGUUUUGCAACUCCAACUCAAGCGAUUUGAAUAUGAUUUCAUGCGAGAUACAAUGGUGAAGAUAAAUGAUCGGUAUGAGUUUCCUCUUCAGUUGGACCUUGAUAGAGAUAAUGGUAGAUAUCUUUCUCCUGAUGCAGACAGGAGGGUUUGUAACCUCUAUACUCUUCACAGCAUUCUUGUUCACAGUGGUGGGGUGCAUGGAGGACAUUAUUAUGCUUUCAUACGACCAACUCUAUCAGAUCAGUGGUAUAAGUUUGAUGAUGAGAGGGUAACUAAGGAAGAUGCAAAAAGGGCACUGGAGGAGCAGUAUGGUGGUGAAGAGGAGUUACCCCAGACAAAUCCUGGCUUCAACAAUACUCCAUUUAAAUUUACUAAAUAUUCAAAUGCUUAUAUGCUUGUGUACAUUCGUGAAAGUGAUAAGGAGAAAAUUAUGUGUAAUGCGGAUGAGAAAGACAUUGCUGAGCAUCUCAGAGUUAGACUAAAGAAAGAACAAGAAGAGAAGGAGCACAAGAAGAAAGAGAAAGCUGAGGCCCACCUUUACACUAUCAUAAAGGUAGCUCGGAAUGAGGAUUUGACAGAACAAAUUGGAAGGGAAAUAUUUUUUGAUCUUGUAGACCACGACAAAGUUCGGAGCUUUCGCAUCCAAAAACAAUUGCCAUUCAACCAUUUUAAGGAGGAGGUGGCUAUAGAAUUUGGCAUUCCAGUGCAGUUUCAACGGUUCUGGUUGUGGGCCAAGCGGCAAAACCACACAUAUCGACCCAAUCGGCCUUUAUUACCUCAGGAAGAAGCUCAGUCCGUUGGAGAGCUUAGGGAGGUUUCAAAUAAGGCACAUAAUGCUGAAUUGAAGCUUUUCUUGGAAGUAGAGCUUGGACCGGAUCUUCACCCUCUUCCUCCACCACUAAAAACAAAGGAGGACAUACUACUUUUCUUCAAGCUCUAUGACCCUGAAAAAAAAGAUCUGAGAUUUGUAGGAAGGCUGUUUGUGAAGGCUCUUGGGAAACCAAUUGACAUACUCUCAAAAUUGAUUGAAAUGGCUGAAUUUUCUGCAAAUGAAGAAAUUGAACUUUAUGAGGAAAUAAAGUUCGAAUCAAAUGUUAUGUGUGAACGCAUUGAUAAGAAGAUUUCUUUCAAAUCAAGCCAGCUUGAAGAUGGAGAUAUCAUUUGUUAUCAAAGAGCUUUAACAUCAGCAAAUAGAGAUGAGUUUCAGUAUCCUGAUGUUCCCUCUUUCUUGGAAUAUGUUCGUAACCGCCAGGUUGUUCAUUUUCGAUCCUUGGAGAAGCCAAAGGAGGAAGAUUUUUCCUUGGAACUAUCUAAACUCUUUGCGUAUGAUGAUGUUGUUGAAAGAGUUGCACGCCAUCUUGGUCUAGAUGAUCCCACAAAAAUUCGACUUACAUCUCAUAACUGCUAUUCUCAGCAGCCUAAACCACAACCAAUUAAGUACCGUGGUGUGGAUCAUCUUUCAGACAUGCUGGUUCAUUAUAACCAGACAUCUGAUAUAUUGUAUUAUGAGAUAUUGGAUAUUCCUCUUCCUGAAUUGCAAGGUUUAAAAACUCUAAAAGUAGCAUUCCACCAUGCUACAAAAGAGGAGGUGGCAAUUCACAGCAUUCGACUUCCAAAAAAUAGCACUGUGGCUGACGUAAUCAAUGACCUAAAGACUAAGGUUGAGCUCUCUCGUCCUGAUACUGAACUCAGGUUGCUUGAGGUUUUCUAUCACAAAAUCUACAAGAUCUUUCCUCCUGGUGAGAAGAUUGAGAACAUUAAUGAUCAGUACUGGACUUUGUGUGCAGAGGAGAUUCCAGAAGAAGAGAAAAACCUUGGGCCUCACGAUCGCUUGAUUCAUGUUUACCAUUUUAAUAGAGAUCCUAAUCAGAACCAAAUGCAAGUUCAGAAUUUUGGAGAGCCUUUCUUCUUAGUCAUUAAGGAAGGUGAAACUUUAGCCAAUGUCAAGAUACGCAUUCAGAAGAAACUGCAAGUUCCAGAUGAUGAAUUUUCAAAGUGGAAGUUUGCUUUUAUUUCACUUGGUCGCCCUGAAUACCUCCAGGAUUCAGAUGUAGUAUCCAACAGAUUUCAGAGAAGAGAUAUUUAUGGAGCCUGGGAACAGUUUCUUGGUUUAGAGCAUUCAGACACUGCUCCAAAAAGAGCUUACACAACUAAUCAGAACCGUCACACAUUUGAGAAGCCGGUGAAAAUUUAUAAUUGAAAAAGUCAUCAGGAUAUGCUCCCAUGGAAUCCCAUGCUGUUAGCUCGCCAAUUCAUGGAUAGGGGAGAAUGAUCUGCAUAUUCUUAAGAUCAAUGCAGAAAAGGUGAGGUAGAGUGAAGAGGCUUUUAACCAAGAUAUUUUUGGUCCGAGUGUCAUGGCCAUUUUGGAGGGAAAACAUCAGAGAAUUGAUGCUUGAUCUUGAGUUCUUGUAACGGCUCACCCUCUUUUUAUUAAAACUCGAUAGGUUUUGCUCGAUCAAGCCUUCUGUUAGAUUUCUAUCUUUGGUUUAGUGUAACUUAGUAGAUAAGAUUUUGGAUUAGGGGGGCACAUACAAGGGUAUAGUUUGUUCUCUUUUCAGCUUUUGCUUUGUGUUUAUUUACCUUCCUACCUAUGAUAUACGUUUCACGUAUUUAUCAAUUGGGGUUGUAACAUGGGAUGGUUUUAGUUGUAUUGGUUGUCUUAGUCUAUGAAGGCCAUGUAAAAGACGUGCUGAAAACUGCUUCGUUGAAUGCUCAUACACAUUAUAUUGUUUGCGAUGAGAACACAUCUCAUGCAUCUUUUCCUUUUCCAAGUUCAUCACCUUUUAAUUUUA